CUGCAGAGCACAAUGAGGAAACAUUUGCCUCCUGCCUUUUACACAUUGCUGUUCUCCUCCCAGAGAGAAGCCAAGCAGGGCUGCCCAUUGUGCUGACUCAUGACACCAUUGCAGUCUUUGCUUUAAUAGGUGCACUUGUGCUUUUCUGUUGUUUAAGUCACUGACUGUGGCAGGGAGCAGCGGAAUCUCAGCAAGCAAGUUGAAGGCCUCACCCAGCAGCUUCUGUCCUGCCAAGCCUGAAGCGUGGAUCCUCCAGACAUGGCUCAGAAGCUGCCUCCUCACCAAGGGGAAAAAUGUCCAUCACGGUGGAGUCGCAUGGAGAACAGGUACUACCUCUUUUCUCCAGAAAGAAGAACUUGGGAACUAUGCAAAUCCUUGUGCAUUUCUCAGGCUGCCAAGCUGCUCACAGUUGAGACUUGGGAGGAGCAGGAUUUCAUAAAUCAUGAGUUGUUUCAAUACUAUGAAGAUCGCAACAGCGCUGUAUUUUAUCACCGAUUCUGGAUUGGAUUGCCCUAUGACUCUGAAACUAGGAAAUGGGUCUGGGUGGAUGGUUCAGCACUCUCCUCUUCCUUAUUUGAUCUCCCAGACCCCAGUCAUCCAAGUUAUCAGGGUGGAGCUUGUGUGUAUGUCCAAGGUGGGGUAACUAAGCCUGGAGGCUGUGCAGAAACUCGGUUCUGUAUUUGUGAGAAGCAGAAGGAACCAUCAAGGACAAAGAAAAUGGAUCAACCCACCAAGCACAUGGUGCAGCAGAGGCUGACCCUGCAGACUGCUGCAACAGAUGGGAGUGUGAGGCUGUAGAAAUGGACUCAUAGUAUCAAAUAAAAGUAUGGGUGGAAGUCAUCUCAUCAACACCCCUACUCAAAGUAUGGGCCACUGCAGGAAAAUGUCUGUCCCACCUUCUUUUGGAAACUCUCAGGGAUGAAGAUCCCACAAGCUCUCUUCUAAUGUUCCCCUCCGUUCUAGUGCUGAAUUAUUCCCAGACUUCUUCCUAAUACCCCAUGUAACUGUCCCUAGUUGAAAUGUAUGUUGGUUACUUCUCAUCCCUUUUUCUGCAGCCACAGAGAGUAGUCUAUUGCCUUUCUAUUUAUAUCCAUCCUCAGAUAUCUCAAGACUGUAAUAAAUCCCACCUCCACUGUCUUUACUUCCUGAGACUAAAUAAUUCCAGUUCUUCCA